AUGAAGCGAGAAUUUGACGAAUUCAAUUCCGAUGAUAAUAAGGAUCAAAAUGAAACGUUCAGCGAUGCUAAUUCAGAAGCGAGCGACGUUGAAAACAACCCUAACGAUGAGGGAUCGGGCACAGCCUUAGAUUAUACAGAAAACGCUCUAUCCCUGCACCCAAUGGCAGAUUUUAUAAAGAAGGAAUUCUUACCUGAAUUCGAUUUUUCGAAUCCGUUUAGAAAUCAAAAUCUCGCUUUCAAAGAUGGCUUUCAAAACACGAGAUCUCCUUUCCUCCUGCCGACGCAACUUUAUAAAAGUUUUUUGGCUACACUUGGCAAGAGGAGACGAAAUGUUGCUGAUUGUUAUUCGCUUUAUUCGAGAAAUAUGCUUUUCUCGAACGGUUUCGGUUUGGAAACGUCGGAUGACGAGAACAACGCAGAUAGAAUCACUAAUUCGCCUGAUGAGAAGGCGGGUGCGUCAUCAGCGUUCGUUUGGAGCGGAGGGGGGGUGACAGGGGGAGGGGGGCAGGAGCAAGCGGUCGCGCAGCCCGCCGCCGUGCCUACUGGUACCUCAGGCGGCGGCGGGGCGCAAGGCCUAGUUCACUGGAUGUCGGUGAUGGCGGAACAUAUGGGAGGGGGACACCACGACCCCUCCCACUACGCGCUGCCACCUUGGAACAAUGGUGGUGUCGAUCAUUGCCAACAAAAAGAUGGUCUGGAUUACGCCGCGUGGUCGCGACCACGAGGCGCGAUGACCAUCAAACAAGGUUACGAGGCCAAGAUGAGCACAGGGGACGGCACUGUUGGUGGUCAUCAGAAAGCAGACGACAGGCUCGGCCAUCACCAGUCUAUGAGCCAGAUGCUGUACGGCGCAGGUCUCGGACCAGGGUCAUCGUCCUCGUCGCCAGUAGGGGGCACGAACACCGGCAGUGGUCUGCUAGUCGUCCCUCAGCCCCUGGGCAAGGGGCCUACAAAACUACAGCCCCUGCACACACAUGCGAGGAAGUAUCAUUGCAAGAUGUGUCCACAGGUCUUUGGCUCAAAAGCGGAUCUCCAGCUACACACGCAGAUCCACCUCCGCGAAGCGAAGCCCUAUCGCUGCACCCAGUGUCCGAAAGCCUUCGCGAACUCCUCAUACUUGGCGCAACAUUCCCGCAUACACUUGGGUAUCAAGCCUUACCGCUGCGAGAUUUGCCAGCGCAAGUUCACGCAACUCUCUCAUCUACAACAACACAUUCGCACUCAUACCGGUGAUAAACCUUACCGAUGCACUCAAAUCGGAUGCACCAAAGCCUUCUCCCAGCUCUCUAACCUCCAAAGUCACAGUCGCUGUCAUCAAACCGACAAGCCGUUCAAAUGCAAUUCUUGCUACAAGUGUUUCACACACGAGAAGGAUCUACUGGAACACAUUCCGAAACAUAAAGAGUCGAAACAUCUGAAGACGCACAUCUGCCAGUACUGCGGUAAAAGCUAUACCCAGGAAACGUACUUAAGUAAGCAUAUGAACAAGCACGCCGAGAGGGCUGACAAGCGACCGCCGAUAUCUGCUUUGGGACUGAGCGGGCUCAAUAGGUCCCUAGCGGCAGCUGCCCCGACGGCCGCACCUUUUGCUGAUCACCCCUACUGGCCGAAAGUAAGCCCAGAUUCAGCGGCUCACAUGUCCGAUGAGGGUGGAUAUCAUCAACAACGAGAAAGUGAUGAUCAUCACGAACAGCAGCUUCAGCAGCAGCGGGCAUUGUUUGCCCAGCACGAAAGUCAAGAAGACCGCAUACAACCCCCAGUUUCGUCCGCCGCGAACUCCGCCUUCACUCCCAUAAACUCGAUGGCUCCUCAUCUUAACGGACUGUCGCAUCACAGUGCGCUUCCAACGAGACCAUAUUUGUACGACCCACUUCAUUUUCAGCAAGGAAAACAGCAGCCAAACUCGUUCCCUAACCAAUUGAUAUCACUUCACCAAAUUCGGAAUUACGCUCACCAGCCCUCGGCACUCUUGCCCGCAGAACACAUUCUGCCCCAUUCCUUAGCUCACAAAGACAAACAGUAACCCCCUUGCCGUUUCUGUAGGUGCACUUACCUUAGAACUUAUGAUGGUAUUAUUAGUCUUUAAAAAAAUAAACAAAAAUUAUUAAAAUGUUUAGAAUCUCGCUCUCCAAGACAGUGGUAUUAUGUAUGAAAUACGAAAUUUGUUUGUCACUAGUGAUGCGAAGUUCAUGUUUUUAGACUUAUAUCGAUAUUGUGUAUAAAUAUUCUGAAUCUGCGAGUAGAUAUGUAACAAAUAUUGUAUGAAAUGUGAUUUCAAAUUUUAUGUAAAUCACGCUCGAAUUUAUUACUGAUUAGUUUUCAUUAAAGCACAGUCACUCAUAUAUCAGGUUCUCGUAGGUAUUUAAAUCCUUAUUUAAUUAUUAAUUAGUAAUAACAAAUCUUUUAGAGAUGUCUUAUUAUUAAAACAAAUCACAGCAAACCUUAUAUACACUGUUGCCUUUAAGAAAACUAAUCUUUAUAUUAAAAUUUCAAAGCAAUAACGUCAGAAAAUCUCUUUAAAAAAUUUAUAGGAAAAAAUAAUAAUACAAUUGCAUAAUAAAAAGGCUUUACAAACGUAAUAAUACUCUACACUUCGAUGUUUUAAUUAUUCUGUGAGUCUUAUCACAUUUUAACGUGUAAAUUAUAAAUUCUAAAGUACUGAAUGUAACAAACAAACUUUAUUUUGAAUAAAAUAGGUAUAAUUUUUA